AUCCCGGGCGCGCGGUGGGCGGGGACGUGCGGUGGGUUCGCCUGCCCACGUCACGUGACUGCGGUCGCUUUCUUUAACGUACAGCCUUGGCGCUUUUUUUUUUUUUUCCCCAAAGCCCUGUGGUUACUCUCUGUUUUGAUAAGUGAGGAUUCCCCUCAGAAAUUUAUUAGGGAUGGAAUCAUAUCCCUCGAUGUCCUGGAAACGCUUUAGAAAAUCAAAGGUCCAAGUUUAUCUGUGUUACACAUAUGCAUUAUUUCAUUUCCUAGCAGGUUAAUUCUGAGUUGUUGUUAAACCGUGCCAACAAUAUUCACUAAAAUAUUCAUUGUCUUUUUCAAAUGCAGUUACUUGGUGUGUUCUUGCGUGUCAGCUCUAGCUGUAGUUCCAGGAAGAACACGCUUUGUCAUUCCUUACACUAAUGGAAAGAUGGAAGGCGCGUUGCGUGCAUUCCGGUGCUGCCUUAAUGACCAAAGUAGUGCCCCCCCCGUACGUGUUUACAGAUUUGCUAACUCCCAGAAUAUGCAGAUAACGUUAAUUCUCAUUUACAAGAAACCUUUGAAAUAAUUUGUUACCGGUAAAGGGAAGGAAAGAGGACACCUGAGAUGAACAUCUCAUUCUAGAGCAAUCGUGUCACAGUAUGACAUGUACAAUACCAGCGGGUUCAAAGGACGUUUCUACAUCGACUGCUAACAACUGGAUUCCAUUCAAAAUUACAUUUACUGAUAGCAGUCCAAGAAGGCCCUGUUCCCCCUCACCAAAACUACCUCUGGGACGUGUUCAGGCUGGAGGAGCCAACAUACAAGGAUGGGGUUUGUGUAAAGAGCGUUGCACCGUGGGCACAUGAUUUGGCAAAGCAAACCUGAGAGGCAGCACACAAAAUUUCAUUCUUAAAAACACACACACAUACCUCUGCCAGUAAGUAGCUCUCCAGGACAAAAGCAGUGUACAAAGAAGUGUCCCGGAACACCAUCGGGGCAGUGCUUUCUUUUCGUAGAUCCUCAUAGCAGAUUUGUUGUAGUAUCACCACUAUGUGAAUUCAGGAAGAACUUCUCAUUAACCGUGUGAGCUAGGGAGGAAGUGAAGAAAACACAAGGAAAAAAGUGUUCUAUUUGGAGAGAGAGCCUCCUUGACACCAUUUUUAGAAGAUUAAACCAUAUUCUUGGUUGUUCAUAAGGCUUUAUCCAGUCCUUACACACUCUCAGCCUAGCUGUAACAGUUGCAAGCAUCAAAGCCUUGGCACAAUAGGCAUAUGGUUCAUUCAUUGUGGUUCCUGGUAAUUCCCUUGGGAGGCACAGCUGGCUAACCCUAUUUGGGAAGCCAAUGAAAGUGCUGGAGUGGGGAGAGUCAAAGGCUGAAUUUAUAAGGGAAAUCCUAUCAGAAGGCAGAUGAAGCUGGGGAAUUCCCAGGCCAAACACGCUCAGCAUGGAUACAGGCACCUUUGGCCACCACAGACCUAAGAUCAUUGAGUGCCUGAAGAAGGACAGCUAAAGUUGCUGCAGAAUAUGGUGGUGGUUUCAGAAUAAAUUCAAGACAAAUAUUGUUAAGAUUUGUAUGGACCAAGGGAGGAUAAUUUAAUGGCAAGUUCCUGGUUCAGGCCUAUUGGGACCCAAGUUAGAUCUCCACUAUUCCCCUACCUGUAAGCCUUGGACAAGAGGCUCAGCAUUACUGUGCCUCUGCCUUAUCCAUGAAAUGGUGGUGACUGAACUUUCUGCCAGGUACGGUGUGAUGAAAAUUGCAUUUAAAGUUGAGGAGUGCCCAGAAACAGUAAUAAUGACAGGCAUAUGGUGUCUUGACUGGCACUUGACUGGCUCUUAUAUUUUCGUAUAAAUAACAUGCUAAUGACAACAGCUGUGGUCAGAGACAGGUUCCCCUACUUUGUAUUCUUCCAAAUCUAAUAGUGUUAGGGAUGUCGUCUUGCAAGGGAUCAAAUUCAGGAUAGUAAGAGCUCCUUGAGCCAUGGCCGAUUCUGGGCCAAGCUGUUUAAUGAUUAAACUACUCAGGUUAAACUGUUUUCAUAUUUCGGGAAUCUCCAUAGUUUACCAGAACUCUGACAACAGCACAAAUACAGGAAAAAGGCCUAAACCAAGCAAUUUUAGCUAUUUCUGUUUUUGUUUAUCACAAAAUUAACCCCUCCAUCCAUUUGGUCUCUGAAAAGGAAGCUCAACCCAUUACUUGCUUCUGUUAAUGUCUUCAGAUAUCAAAGAGAUGUGUGCACACUUGAAUAAUUCACUAUAACUCAGUUGUUUAUAAUUUAUGAUACAUGAGAAAUGCAUAGGAUAUGCACACACUGACAUGUUAAAACUAUUUACAUGAGAGCAGCAAUAUGCCAUAUUCUUAAAAAGCACCAGAAAGCAUUUAUUUCACUAUUGAUUACAAAUAACCUCACGCCGUAUUAUUUUAAAAUGCUACUGAAGAUAUUUUAACCACAUAGUGCACAAGGGGGCUUAUCAGCAAUGAAAGUAAAGAUAAAACGUCAAUCCUCUAUCAGUGUGAAUUUUUACAAUAUUCAUUGAAGUACUACAUCCGCUUCCUCAUGAGAAAAACCAAUUUACUCAGAUGUACUGUACUGAAUGAGGCCAAAGGCUUGCGUAUCUAACCACGUCCUAUCAGACCUGCUUAGAAGACUGUGACAUUCGGUAUGAGAUAAAUUUAAUUCAAAUUUAAUAUGAUAUUUCUGAAACAUUCAAAUUUUCAGCGGAUUAAAAACAAGCAAAGAGAUGUCAGAGUCCCUGUUUGACAGCAUUUCUUCUCUUUGGACAUUCACCUGUUGAGCUGUUUUACAAGACUUGUGACUUUUGAGAAUACGGUAAUCUUGUGUAACCUGUGUAGGACGUACUUUUAAGGAUUUAAAUGUUUAGUCAAUGCCAGAAGCCACAGAGGUCUCCGGGACACGCAGAUAAGAGCUGUCCAGAGAAAUUGCUCAACAUCAACUGUAUUCAGGCACACAGAGAAGAGAAAGGUUAAAUAUUAACAGAGCAAUGAUUGCUCUGAAGGGUUCAUCCUAUCACUAUCAAGCUGAAAAAUUGGCGUGGCCAUGUGCAUAUAUAGGUACAUAGUGGAUCUCACUCUGUCAGAGCUGCUGAUGGGAGGUCAGCAAGCAGCUCAAGCAGGCAGCGCUAUGAAGCUGCUCCUCCUGCUCCUGCUCUGCAUCCCUGCCAUUAAACCCCAGGCAUCUGUUGAAUAUGAUAAUGAGGAGGACGACACUCAGCUUGGUGUUCGAAGCCACCGACCCCUGGACAAGCGGCAGGAAGCAGCCCCCACACUCAGGCCCGUGGCACCCCCCAUCUCUGGCACUGGGUACCAGCCCCGGCCCCCAAAGCGGGACAAGCAGGGCAUGAAGAAGGAGCGGAUCAUCUACCCUGAUGCUGGUGGCUGCAAGCAUGCUCUUGAGGAGCUGGGAGUACUGUGUCCAACUGGGUGUGAACUGCAAACGACACUGCUAAAACAGGAAAAAACAGUGACAUCAGUUCUGCGUGAUCUAAAAGACAGAGUGGCCAAAUUUUCUGACACCUCCACAACUAUGUAUCAAUAUGUGAAUAUGAUAGAUGAUAAACUGGUAAAGACACAAAAACAGAGAAAAGACAAUGACAUUAUACUUUCUGAGUAUAACACAGAAGUGGAAUUGCAUUAUAACUACAUAAAGGAUAACCUGGACAAUAACAUCCCCUCUAGCCUCAGGGUCCUGCGUGCAGUUGUAGAUUCUUUACACAAAAAGAUACAGAAACUGGAGAAUGCAAUUGCAACCCAGACAGACUACUGCCGUUCCCCAUGUGUUGCUUCCUGUAACAUCCCGGUGGUUUCAGGCAGAGAAUGUGAGGAUAUUUACAGAAAGGGAGGCGAAACGUCUGAAAUGUACAUCAUCCAGCCAGAUCCUUUUACCAAGCCAUACAGAGUAUACUGUGACAUGGAAACGGAUAAUGGAGGCUGGACUUUGAUUCAGAAUCGCCAGGAUGGCAGUGUUAAUUUUGGAAGACCGUGGGAUGAAUAUAAGAAAGGAUUUGGAAAUGUUGCAAAGAGUGGAGGAAAGAAAUACUGUGAUACACCAGGUGAAUAUUGGCUUGGAAAUGACAAAAUCAGCCAACUUACCAAGAUAGGACCCACAAAAGUUUUAAUUGAAAUGGAAGAUUGGAAUGGUGAUAAAGUAUCGGCUCUUUAUGGAGGUUUCACCAUACAUAAUGAAGGAAACAAAUAUCAACUUUCUGUUAGUAACUACAAAGGCAAUGCAGGCAAUGCUCUGAUGGAAGGAGCUUCACAGUUGUUUGGAGAAAACAGGACAAUGACAAUUCACAAUGGCAUGUACUUCAGUACUUACGACAGAGACAAUGAUGGAUGGUUAACUACAGAUCCAAGAAAACAGUGCUCCAAAGAAGAUGGUGGUGGAUGGUGGUACAAUCGAUGCCAUGCAGCCAACCCUAAUGGCAGAUACUAUUGGGGAGGGACUUACACCUGGGAUAUGGCAAAACAUGGUACAGAUGAUGGUAUUGUAUGGAUGAACUGGAAGGGGUCAUGGUAUUCAAUGAAGAAGAUGAGCAUGAAAAUCAAGCCAUACUUCCCAGAUUAAUCAAUCAAAAUGUAUAGAAUCGGGAAUUUUCUUUUCAUAUUUGUACCUUUUUUUUUUUUUUGUAUUGUAUUCAGGCUUGUCUUUGCAUGUGAGAACCAAAUAUGCAGGUCCUACCAUAUCAUGACCUAAAGAGAAACAUGAUGACAACUGAAAAUCAAAAUCUGAACCAUGAAUAUAAGCCAUAAAGAGUAUUUUGUUCAUUUUUUCAUUUGUUCACAAGACAAAAGUACUGGUCUAAAAUAAGGCUUGAGGCAAUAAUAUGUAUAAAAAUAUAGCUACUUCACUCUUUUACAAAGAAGUUACAUACCAGAUCUGAACAGAUCUGAACAGAUUACUGUAAAAUGUUUUCUAAAAAUUAAAUAAAGUCUUGAAAAUCAAGUUUUCAUCACAAUUCUUAAGUAUUUGUAUGUAAACUGGGAAGAAGCAAACAUCCCACCAUAGAAAGGACUGCUUUCUUCUUUUAUACCAUAGAGGCACGGUAAACUACCUGUGUAACAUAUUGAGAAGGAA